CGAGACUUGGAGAUAUUUUCAAUUCAUCUUCUUCGCUACUUUUCUUCACCUCCAUGUGCGUCUUCAUAGUAUCGGAGCUUGGUUAUUUCUUCCUGUGAGAUUUUCCGUCGCACAGAAGAUAAGCGAAGAUGGCGACUGGCGAAGAACAAGCAUACAAACAUGAUCCCCUGUUCUUACACAACUUAGACCAUCCAGGGAUGGUUCUUACGACCACAAAGUUAAACGGAAUGAAUUUCAUUCCUUGGAGCAGAUCGAUCAAGAUCUCCUUGAUCUCUAAAAUGAAGAUUGGCUUCAUUAAUGGAAGCUGCGAGAAGCGUGAUCCUGAUUCUCCGAACUAUGCUCAGUGGGAGAGAUGCGACAAUAUGACUUUCAGUUGGAUCCUUAAUUCUAUUCAACCAGACCUGGCAGAGGCGUUCCUAUAUGCAAAUUCCUCCCAUGAAUUGUGGAACGAAUUGAUGGAGCGGUUUGGAGAAAGCAAUGGACCUUUGAUAUACCAGAUUGAGAAGAAAAUCGCAGAUCUAAAACAAAAAAAUGACUCUGUAGGCACAUAUUUCACCAAACUGGAGAAACUUUGGGAUGAAUUGGCCAACAUGAGUGCUAUACCUGUAUGUGAGUGCAACGGUUGCACCUGUGAUGCCAAGAAGAAAGUUCUGGAAGCUGAUCAGAGGAGAAAGUUGAACAAAUUUCUGAUGGGCCUUAAUGAUGGUUUUGACACACCAAGGGGACAGAUAGUGUUGAUAGAUCCUCUUCCUUCAGCAAACAAGACAUGUAGCAUGGUUCAGCAGGUGGAAAGGCAGAAAUCCAUUACGGGAGUUCAAGGCCUAGGCCUUGAAUUGGCAGCGUGUAUAAAUAAUGAAGGCACUGAUACACAGAAUAUGGCUAUGUAUGUUAACAAAGGAAAUGGACAAAGAUCAGGGAACUUUAACACAUCAGAUCCAAGGAGGGCUAGGAAAUAUUGUGAUCAUUGCAAGGAGGCUGGACAUUUCAAGGAACAAUGCUUCAAAAUAGUGGGAUAUCCAGAAUGGUAUAAAGGUGCAAAAGGGAAAAGAAUACAACAAAAUUAUGGAGCAAGCAAAUUUGCAGGAAACACCACAGCUCAGCCUCAAGACACUUGUUCUGACACCCCCCUUGAUGACAUGAAUGGUCAUAGGGGUGAAGGACAGAACUAUCAACAUAAUCCAGUUUUUGUUCAGCAUGUGGCUCAGGAAAUGCUGAAACUAAUGACAAACAACAACACUUCAAUGGAUUCUGACUCAGGCCUUAUGAGCACUUAUGCUCAUCUUGCAGGACCCUUCAACUAAACAGUCCUUGGCAAUUGGCAUGCGAAUUCAUGGUUUAUACAAGUUGAGAACUGAACACAAGGACAGGAACAGUCUCAAACUGCAUGGAAUGACUGCUGCAUCUUGUAAUUUUGACUUGUUCCAUGCUAGACUAGGACAUACUUCUUGGUCAAAAAUGAAACAUAUGUCUGGAUAUGAUACUUGUACUGAUCACAAAAUACAGUGUGAUACAUGCUCUGUAACACCCCAAUCCGUAUAACCCGGAAUUAUACGAAUUAUGGUGAAACAAGAGUUCAAUAAAAAUUUCACUUGACAUUUGAAAAUGACAAUUACUUAUAAAUAUUAAAUUUACAGACUCUGGAUCGCGACCCAUUUAAAAAUAUUUUCAGAGUAAUGCGGAAGUACAAUAAUAACCAAAUCAUGACAUAUUUUAAAAUAUGUUGAUCAAACAUUUGCCUGCUAUCCUUGCAUCUCCUCUGACUCAAUGCCCUCCGGGAAUGGUUCCAUCAUUGUCUUCUUGUUACCUACGUGUAGUCAACGAAAAAAAAUACAAACUACACGCUCAGCGAAACCGCUGAGUGGUACCACG